AAACACGAAAACGAUACACUACCGUUCCACAGUACACAAUAUAGUGUAACAUGCAUUAACUAUACUGUGAGCGUCAUGUUUUGUGACUGCAUUGCCUGUUUAACUGCAGUGGGCGUUUCUGAACAGAGAUGGCGGUAUUGAGUAUAUAUUUGUUUCAGUCCCGUUUCCCUCCAUGGUUUCUCCUCUCUCUGAGUAACUUGGCGUUUGGUUCAGUUCAUUUUACAGUUCCAUUUUCUCCCUCCAUUAGGGCAUCUUUGUAUUUUGGAUUGAACAAAAAUUCCAACAAACCCCAGAGGAAAAAAAACUUUUAAAGGGGAAGAUGGACAUGAAAAAGAGGAUCCACUUGGAGCUUAGAAACAGGACACCUUCUGAUGUACGAGAGCUAGUCCUUGACAACUGCAGGUCCAAUGAAGGGAAAAUCGAAGGCCUCACUGCAGAAUUUGUGAAUCUUGAAUUUCUCAGCUUGAUAAAUGUUGGCUUAAUCUCAGUUUCCAACCUUCCCAAACUUGGCAAAUUAAAAAAAUUGGAGCUCAGUGACAAUAGAAUUUCCGGUGGCCUUGAUGUUUUAGCGGAAAAGCUUCCAAAUCUUACACAUCUAAACCUGAGUGGAAACAAACUGAAAGACAUCAGUACACUGGAACCUUUGAAAAAACUUGACAACCUGAAAAGUCUUGACCUUUUCAACUGUGAAGUUACAAACCUCAAUGACUACCGAGAGAGCGUGUUCAAACUUCUGCCACAGCUCACCUACCUGGAUGGCUAUGACAUGGAGGAUCGGGAGGCAUCUGACUCGGACGGAGAAGCAGAUGGAGAUGGGGUUGAUGAUGAUGAUGAUGAUGAAGAAGGAGAAGAGGAGGAGGAUGAGGAUGGAGAAGAAGAUUUUGAUGAAGAGGAGGAUGAUGAUGAUGAGGAAGAAGUAGAAGGGGAGGAAGAAGAUGAAGAUGUCAGUGGAGAGGAUGAGGAGGAAGACUUUGGCCAGGAUGGUGAGGUUGAUGAUGAAGAUGAUGAGGAUGAUGAGGAUGAAGAUGAAGAAGAGGAGGAGGGCGGGAAAGGCGAAAAGAGAAAGCGAGAGGCUGAUGAUGAAGAUGAUGAGGAUGAUGAGGAUGAUGAUUAAAAGAAAAUGGCGAGUGGGUUACCAACCCUUCCCCUGUGCCCUACCUUUGUCUCUCCCCAAUUGUCCCCAAUCCACCCCCAGAUCUGUGCUCCUGUUCAGGAUGGGACUGUACCUGGAUGGAUUGAGGCUAUGGAUGUGUGUCCUUGGAACAGUGACCAGCAAUAGGACCUGUCCUUUGGUGGCCCACUGUGCGUUCCACACUCAAUCCUUUGUGUAGACCCACUCGUGGACUUUGGGGGGUGGGUGUGUAGUCCGGGGUCUCUGCUUUUAAUAUUUUGUUGGAGGUUUUUCCUUUUUUUGCUAUUUUUAAAAAAUGUUUUGUUAUUUUCCCCUAUUAAGUUUAUUGCUAUAGCAACAAAAGAUGCUAGGUGAGUCAUGAUUUUGAUGUGGCUGCCUGUUGCAUAAAUCAAGGUUGUAGCUACAUUUUUACUUUCU